AUGCCUCCUGCCCGGCGGAAUAUGUUAGCCCAAAUCCUUCUGCCCGCCGUCAGCCUCCUGCUUGCGCAUUUGCAGUAUUUCCUCUGCUGUUUGAUGCAAUUCAUUCCAGCGAGGCAGUGGGUGGCCGAGCCCCUGACCAUGGGGAACCGAGCAGCCAGACAGGACAAGGAGCCCAGCACGGGGACCUCCCGGCGCCCACCAGGUUUAAAGAAUUACCUUCCCAGCCCACCCAAAGAGCAAAUCCUCUGCCACAGACCCAGGGGGCUGCAAUGCAUCUCCCCCUUAGUGCAGAGCAUGGAGGAGACCCCCGAGCCCAUCCCAGUCAAGGUCAAAGGGCAAAUUCCCAAAUGGAUCAAUGGCAACCUUCUGAGGACCGGGCCCGGCAAGUUCGAGUUUGGCAAUGACAGCUUUAACCACUGGUUCGAUGGCAUGGCUCUGCUGCACCAGUUCCAGCUGAGGGCUGGCAGGGUGUCCUACAGGAGCAGGUUCCUGCAGAGCAGCUCCUACCUGACCAACAGGCAGCACAACCGCAUCGUGCUCUCGGAAUUCGGGACCUUGGCCAUGCCAGACCCCUGCAAGAGCCUCUUCGGGCGCUUCAUGUCACGCUUCGAGAUGCCACGACCCAGUGACAAUGCCAAUGUGAACUACGUGCUGUAUAAAGGAGAUUAUUACAUCAGCAGUGAGAACAUCUUCAUGUACAAGGUGGACCCAGAAACGCUUGAAACGAAGGAAAAGGUAGACUGGAGCCAGUUCAUUGCAGUGAACGGGGCCACUGCUCAUCCCCACUACGAGUCUGAUGGGACAACCUACAACAUGGGCAAUUCCUAUGGGAAACACGGGUCCAGCUAUAACAUCAUCCGGGUCCCUCCACAGAGCUCAGGCUGCACUGACACAUUGGAGGGAACAAAAGUGCUGUGCUCCAUCCCUCCCAUGGACAGGGCAAAACCAUCCUACUAUCACAGCUUUGGAAUGACUGAAAACUACAUCAUUUUCAUUGAGCAACCCCUCAAGCUGAAUCUCUUCCAGAUUGUCACUUCCAAGCUCCGUGGCCAAGCCAUUUGUGACGGGAUAAGCUGGGAGCCUCAGUGCAACACCUACUUCCACGUGGUGAAUAAGCACACUGGGGAGGUGCUGCCAGGGCAGUGGUACACGAAGCCCUUUGUCACCUUCCACCAAAUUAAUGCCUUUGAGGACUGUGGCUGUGUGGUGCUGGAUCUGUGCUGCCAGGAUGAUGGCACCAGCCUGGCCUUGUACAAACUGCAGAACCUGAGGAGGGCUGGGGAGGCUCUGGACCAGGUUUAUGCCUCGCUCCCCCGAGCUUUCCCUCGCCGCUUUGUGCUCCCUCUGCACGUGGAUCCAGACACACCCGUGGGCAAAAACCUGAACCCACUGCCUUAUACCCUGGCAAGGGCUGUGAAAGAUGCAGAUGGAAAGGUCUGGUGCACACAUGAAAAUCUCCACCCCGAGGGCUUUGAAAAGGUCGGGGGUUUGGAGUUCCCCCACAUCAACUACUCCCACUCCAACGGGAGGAGGUACCGGUACUUCUACGGCUGUGGAUUCGGGCAUUUGGUCGGAGAUUCCUUGAUCAAGGUUGAUGUGGAGACCAAGAAUUUCAAGAUUUGGCAGGAGGAUGGAUCCUACCCAUCAGAGCCUGUGUUUGUGCCAGUGCCUAAUGCCACAGCAGAGGACAGUGGAGUCAUCUUGUCUGUUGUGGUCUCCCCCACUGAGAACCAAAGUGCUUUCCUGCUUGUCCUGGAUGCAGAGACCUUCAGAGAGGUGGGGCGAGCAGAGGUCCCAGUGCAAAUGCCUUAUGGGUUCCAUGGCAUCUUCACUGCCCACUGACCACACACCUCGUCACUCCUGGCACUCAGGGCCGAGCCAGGCUCAGAAAGAAACCUCUGCUGCUUUUACCUCCCACUUCUGCAUUAUGUCGGGGAUGAGGGAACUGCUUUUUCUCUACCAUAACCUCUGAGUUACUCCUGUGUUCCUAACAAUACCCAGCCAAGGGGAUGAGGGAGGCAGAAGCCCCUUCAUUCAGCAGCCCCACUGCUUUAUCUUGAUUUUUUUACUGUUUUGAUAGACCAGCUAGCAGCAGUUCACAAAGGUUGCCAUGCUGAGGCUUGCAAGGGAGAAAAUGGCAAUCUUCCUUGGCAGCAGUGUGCUCUGAAGGGGAGAGAACAUUGGUGCUCGGGGCAGUGACUUUGGCUGAGGGCAGGGGAGAGGAGUAAAACCAACCUGCACCACAUGGGCCCAAUGAAGGGGUGUAAUUCCACCCCCACUGCAUACAGGUUGCCUUCAGUGGACUCCAGGAGGUAGAUGCAGGUGCUCACAGCAGCUGUACUUGUGCUUUUCUCUCUACACUGGCAGUGCCCUCAAAUAAAACCUGAUGAAGUCUC